GGUUACUCAAAUCUGUAUAGUUUUUGAGAUAUGACGUUUUUUUUCAAAAAGUUCUCAGAAAACUCAAUUUUAUUUUUUUUUUCAAAUUUCCAACUCUAGUUGGGGACUGUCAGGUACUCUCAGGGGUUGCGAAUCUUGCCUCCUAUUCUCACUUCUCAAAUCUUUGUAGUUUUCGAGAUAUGACGUUUUUUGUGAUUUUUCAAAAAGUUUUCAGAAAUUCCUAACCUUUUAGUUGGGGGCCGUCCGAGGUUUCAAGUUUCCGAAAUGUGACGGUUCUCUGUUCAUUUUAUUUUUUUUUCAAAGAAAUUAUUUGUAUAAAAUUUCAAAAAUAUUUAUGGUUUUUCAGAGUUUGAAUUCAAAAAAAACUUAAACCUUGCAAAAUUUGCAACUACCAACCGUGUAAUUGGAUGGUGCUAGGGUACACUCAAAGGAUGUACAUCUAGAUGUUCAUAAUAAUUAGCUAAUACUAUGACGUUAGAAAUUUAAACAAAAUAUGACGUUAGAAAUUAAAACACAAUACAUAGUUCAAUUAGCCGAUAACAAUUUUGUCGAAUUUCGGUUUUUACGGUUGCCGAUGGGAGCGCUUUGCGCGCGUCGCCUCUUUGUGGCCACCACUGACUCUAAUUUUGUUUAAAGCCCUACCUUAUGUCACUAUUAAUUUGGCCUAUACAUAAUCUUAUAAGCGAAAGGUAUAAAUCGGAUCUUUGCCCUAGUUUUAGAAAAAUUUCGGAUGUUUGUCCUAGUAAAGCUGUUUCUCGAAUCUUUGCUACACUUUUUGGGGUUUUUCGGAUGUAUGCCCUGUGUGCCCCUUUAAUAUGAUAUCCUAUUCCUAAAGAUUUAUUUUUUUUCUUAAUUUUUUGCAUGGAAUAAACAUCUCAGGAGUUCCGAAUACGUUAUGAGAAAAUGCGCGACAUGAAAGGAUCCGUCGGUAAUUUUAAAAUAGGGAAGCAAGGCAAAUGAUAUACGGGUGUAUAGCUCGGGAAAAUUUCAGAUCGGAUGUUUUAAAAUGUCUAUUUGUGAUAAAGUUUGUGCAGGAGUUCCCAUAAAAAAAUUGAUUAAUAGAACGGUUUCUAAAGAUAAUUUGAACGAAAUUUCACAAUUUAUUGAUGCAAAUUUGAUAUGGCGUAAAUAUCAACCACGACUCUUUUUGGAAAACUUGAUGACUAUUACAAAAUUAGCGGAAGACGCGAAUAUGACGGAAGAUAUUGAGCCAAUAUACAACGCUAUUGGUGAACUGCUUAUUUUGCCUCGGGAAAAUGAUUAUUUUUGCAUUUAUAAUCCGAGCAGAAACUGCUGUUGUCGUAUAGUUACUCAAGAAAAUUCGAGAGAAUUAAAACACGGAACAACUGGACUUUUUUCUUGGCCGGCGGCAAUCUCUCUUGUUCGAAACUUGGACUUUCUCAAUUUCCGAGAAUUAAUCGAAGGCAAAAUUGUCGCUGAGUUGGGUUGCGGAGUUGGCCUACUUGGGUUAUCGUGUCUGAUUUUUUGUCAGCCCAAGAAUUUCAUUUUCACCGAUCAUUCACAUGAAGUAUUACAAAAGGUUGAACUUAAUCUUUCACUGAAUAUUUCGGAUUGUGAUUUGAGAUGUACCAGACACGAAUUUAUUGGAGAUAAUUAUGAGAUUGACUGCAUUGACUUUUGCGAACAUGAUGUUGCAGUUAUUGAUGCAGAUGUUUUAGUUGGGAGCGACAUAGUUUUCGACCCUAAUAUGGUUCCACCGCUUUGUGGCUACCUGAAUUCAUUUUUGAUUUCUGGAUCAGACAGGAAAUGUUUCAUUGCGUGCACUGUGAGGGCUCAAGAAACUUUCGAUCUGUUUCUCGAUGGGUUAUCGUCUUGUAAGCUGAAUACUGAAAUAGUUGAGCUGAAAGACGAUAAUAGCGAGCAGGAUAUUAAAUUAUUAAUUAUUUCAAUUAAAUCUGUUAAUUAAUCUAUAAAAAUAUGUUCGAAUAGUUUUUAAGAGGAAAUAGUGAAUGAAAGAUCGUUAUUUCUUUUAUUCACAAACAAGCUGAGAUUCUUGAACCUAUGAAAAACAGGAAGAUAAGAUAUGGAAUUUGAUGCAGCUUGUUCUAUAAGAUACUCACUCGAGUGAAAUCAAAUAUUCUUUUUUUUCCUUUUAUGUGUUAGCAGG